UUCCCGCCUUCACGAAACAUAUUUCACGUAAACGCGAUAUAUUCAGUCCUAAUAUGGUUCAGUUGAAUGUCUUUCGAUAAUUAAUGUUUAAUUGAACAAAAUUCAAUGUGUUUUGCCACUCCUCGACGACUAUCGUGACACCGGUGAUAAUGGACAUAGGAGGAGACCAAGACCCAAAUAAUCACACAUCAAGUGCAAAGUCUUGUGAAUACAGAGAGAAUGCCGACGCGGAUGAAGAGGGUCUGUUCAACCAUUCGACCACGCUCACCAACAGGCAGCGUGGCAAUGAAGUUAAUGCACGCCCAACAAAGUUAGACUCUCUGUCCAUACAUCAGCUCGCCGCCCAGGGUGAGGUUUUGCAAGUGGCAGUCCAACUAAAUAAAGACAGUUCGCUGCUGAGCAAACAGGAUGAAGGAGGCUUCACUCCUCUUAUGUGGGCAGCGGCGUUUGGAGAGAAAACAGUGGUGGACUUGCUCUUGGAAAAGGGCGCAGACCCCAAAAUAGUUGCAAGGGACCGAGAAAGUGCGCUGACGCUGGCCAGCUCCGGAGGCUACGUGGACAUCAUCGUGGCUCUCCUAAGACGUGGGGUUGACGUCAACGCCUAUGACUGGAAUGGAGGGACUCCGCUUCUGUAUGCUGUUCGAGGAAACCAUGUUAAAUGUGUAGAGGCGCUCUUAGCUAAAGGCGCUGACAUGACCACAGAGUCCGAUUCUGGCUACAGUGCAAUGGCCUUAGCUGUUGCUCUCGGAUACAAAAAGAGUAAUUAUCACCUUUCAACUACACAAUUAUUAAGUUUACAAAAAGGUUUUUCUCAUUUUAACAUUUUAUUUUUUCCGUCGUAGUUCAGAAGGUGUUGGAGGACCAUAUCCUGAGACACUAUAAUCCAACAUGCCGAUAAAUUAAACACCUAGAAAGUACUUAUUUUUGUUUAGUUUGUAUGCAAGGCAGUAUCACAAAAAUGUAUCAAUAAUUGCCAACUGUGCAACUCACAGGAUUGUUCAAUUUGGCUGUAGACCAGCAACAAUGAAUGUAAACAAGUUGUAAUAAAUUAAUUUUGUUAUGA